GUGUGUGUGUGUGUGCGCGGGUAUAGCCUACCGGGCGGAGUAAUUCGCGUUUGCUAUCUUUUGAGUGCAUGCGUGUGUGUGCGCGGGUGCGUGCUACGGCUGCUGCUGCUUGUCACUCAUUGUGCCGCGAACACGGGUAGCGACAAGGACCAAAAUUCCGUCCGGUAGCAGUUGUUGUCCUCCUCCUGGUUAAAAAAAAAAAAAAAAAAAGAAGAGGAAGAAGAAAAAGAAAAGACAGAGGCUGAUAGUCAGAUUGUUGGCCCCUCUCAGUAGAGACACCUCGCUUGUGUAAAGUGCGUCUGCUUCUUCGAGGAGAAUAUCUGUGACACAUUACAAUGCUCCAAAUAAGGGACCUCAUCUGGGGAUUGCUAUUCAUUGGCUGUGCAGCUGCCAUCCAGGUGGAAAUCACUCCAACACAAGGAGAGAUCAGCGUGGGAGACUCGAAAUUCUUCCUCUGUGAAGUGGUGGGAGAUGCUAAAGACAUAGACUGGUACGCCCCCAGUGGGGAGAAGAUCCUUCCCAACAGGCCAGACAUUUUUGUGAGCCGCAGCGAUGAGACCACGUCGACCCUCACCAUCUACCACGCCAACGUGGACAGCGCUGGCAUCUACAAGUGUGUGGCAAAGAACGGAGACAAAGAGGCCCAGGCCACAGUGCAAGUGAAGAUCUUCCAAAAGAUCACCUUCGAGAGUGCUCCCAGCCCGCAGGAGUUCAACGAAGGUGACGACGCCGACAUAGUCUGCGAUGUGGUCAGCUCGCCGCCGCCCACCAUCAUUUGGAAGCAUAAAGGCUCCAGGAUCCAGGUCGCCAAAGACGUGCGAUACAAGAUCAUGGAUAAUGGCCACCUGCAGAUCCGCGGCAUCAAGAAGACGGAUGAGGGAAUGUACAACUGCGAGGCUCGUGUCAUGGCCAGGGGAGAAAUUGACUUCAGGAUGAUCAAGGUCGUUGUUAACGUCCUUCCCACCAUCCGUGCCAGGCAGUCGGAUGUCAACGCUACAGCAGACAUCGGUAGCUCUGCUUUGUUGGCCUGUGAUGCGGACGGCUUCCCUGAACCCACCGUUACCUGGGCACAUAACAACGUUGUCCUUGAAACGGGUGAUAAGUACAGCCUGAACGAGGAUGGUUCAGAAUUGGUAAUAAAAGACGUCAAGAAAGUGGAUGAAGGAGAUUACACUUGCAUCGCCAAGAACAAGGCGGGGGAGAAAGCCGAGGAAGUCAGCCUGAACGUGUUCGUGCAACCCAAAAUUACCUACCUGAACAACCAGACUGCAUCGGAGUUUGAGGAGCAAGUCACCCUGACUUGUGAGGCCUCGGGCGACCCCACACCCACCAUCUCCUGGAGUUUCGAAAACAGGGUGUUCAGUGAAGGAGAGCAGGCUUCUUGGACACGACCAGACAAAUACGAGAGCCUCGACAGAAACAUCGUGGUGCGCAGCCACGCACGGGUCUCCUCUCUCACCUUGAAAAACGUCCAGUUCACGUACGCCGGCCAGUACCUCUGCACCGCCAGCAACUCCAUCGGCCAGGACGACCAGAACAUGUACCUGGAGGUCCGCUAUGCUCCGAAGCUCCAGGGUAAUGUGGCGUGGUACACGUGGGAGGGGAACCCGACCAACAUCAGCUGCAAGGUGGAGGCUCACCCCAGAGCCACGGUGGUUUGGUACAGAGACGGCCUCCCGGUGCCCUCCGCCAACUUCACCAACCUGAAGAUCUACACCACACCGACCAUCAGCUACCUGGAGGUUACCCCCAGUUCUCAGGAUGACUUUGGGAGCUACAACUGCUCAGCAACCAACGCGAUGGGCACCGAGUACAAGGAGUUCCUCCUCAUCGAAGCAGAUGUGCCUACAACACCGGAGCUUUAUCAGGUGGAGCCUUUCUCCAGCACAGCGGUGAUACAGUUUGGAGAACCUGAAGCCACAGGUGGUGUGCCCAUCAUCAAGUACAGAGUGCAGUGGCGUCUGCCUGGCCAGGAUUGGACCGAGAAGGAGUACAGCGCUGAGGAUGAUUUGAACCAGAUCACCAUCCUCGGCCUGAACCCAGAGACCACCUACGAGGUCAGGAUUUCCGCCAUCAACGGCAAAGGUGAAAGCGAGAGCUCUCCGGCCAAACAUUUCAAGACGGAGCCAGUCCUUUCAUCAGAGAUCCCACCCCCUAUCGCUGCCACCAGUAUGGCCCUUAAAGGGGAACCCAGUGCCCCCAAAAUUGAAGUCAAGGUCCACAACAGGGGCAAUAGUCUGAAGGUCAACUGGAUCAAGCAGGACGAUGGUGGCUCCCCCAUUAAACAUUACCUGGUCAGAUACAAGGCUAAGUAUGUAUCUGACUGGAAACCAGAGAUGCGCCUCCCCAAUGACAGUGAGCAUGUGGUGCUGAACGGCCUGGACUGGAAUACAGAGUAUGAGGUUCACGUGGUGGCAGAGAAUCAGCAGGGACGGUCGGAGCCCGGCAUCCGCUCCAUCAGAACAGCUUCAGAGCCCACUACCAUCCCAGACGCCAUGGGCGGUGGCUCAGGCCUGGGCACCGGAGCCAUCGUAGGCAUCCUCAUCGUCGUCUUUUUCUUGCUGUUGGUGGGCGUGGACGUCACCUGCUACUUCCUCAACAAGUGCGGACUCCUCAUGUGCAUCGCUGUGAACUUCUGUGGGAAGGCCGGGCCGGGGGCUAAGAGCAAGGACAUGGAGGAGGGCAAGGCAGCCUUCACGAAAGACGAGUCUAAGGAGCCCAUUGUUGAGGUGAGAACAGAGGAGGAACACACCCCGAACCAAGGAGGGGGUCCUACCGAGCCUAACGAGACCACACCUUUGACAGAACCUGAGCCUGCCGCUGCAGACACCACCUCCCCGGUGGUAAACUUGCUCCCCUCCACUGCUACUAACUCAGUUGCCGAGAGCUUUAGCACGGCACAGAGCAGUCCUGCUAGCGAGUGCACCACGCUAACCACCAGCGCCUCCAGCCCAACCAAAGCCGCCCCCGCCAAGUCCUCCCCCAAAAACAGUCCUGCCGCCCAGCCCAGUUCACUUAAAGCUAACACCCAACCUGACGUUGGGCCCCUGGUUGACCUGAGCGACACCCCUAAAGUUCCCCCCUCGUCCAACCCUACACCCUCAGAGCCAGUCAGCCCGCCCUCUGCUAAUGCUGACGCGCAGCAGAGCCAAUGCGACCAAGUCAAAGCCCCUGACAGCACCCAGAGUAAGGACUUACGAGUAGACGGCCCAGCCAAGGAUGCGCCCAGUGCCCCGUGCACAGACUCGACCACACCGGCCCAAAAUGACGGUAAGACUGUGAAGGACGAUAAGACCAAAGGCGAGGCGGAGGUGAAGAACGCCACGGCCGAGGUGAAGACGGUUCCCAACGAGGCUCCCCAAACGAACGGCAACGAGAGUAAAGCGUAAUUUCCCCGUCCGAGAGCAGCGGGAAGAAGAGGGCGGUUGGGGGUGGGAAGGGUGGGAAGGGUGGUCGGGCGUGGGGUUUUUGUUUUUGUUUUUUUCGGGUUGAAAAGGGGGGGGGGGGGUCACAGUCACUGAAACCUCAACGCAAUGUCACACACCACCCGUCAGAUAAAAAAAAAAAAAAAACAACAAAAAGCAACAGCAAAAAAAAAAAAAAGAAAUCAUGGGUCUCCUCCUACAGUGUCUUCUGACCAGGAAAAUGUAAAGACCUCAUGCACAUGCCUUAGUUCCUUUUACGUCAAUUUCUAUUUGUUCAUUUGUCACAUAAGAAAAGAGAAAUUCCUACUUGUAGUUCACCCUCUAUCCUGUAUGUAUUAUUAAAUCCAUCAGCUGUUUAAUACAGAGCAGAAUCUAUACUAUUUUUCCUCUAGAUGAACAUGGUUGGACUGUAGCUUUACUUCACAGAUGCCCACUGCCCACACACACACACACACACACACACACACACACACACACACUCAUAAGACUGGUACAUUACCAAUACUACUCUUCUUAAUGCAGUAUGGUCAUCUUCGUGGUAAUGGAUUAUGGGUCUUUAUUCCUUUGUCGAUAUUUUGUUGUGUUUAAAUAAUGUGCAGACGUUACUGCCUAUUUAGCUUUUUUUAAUGUGUUAUUUCCAGGGCUAGAGAUUAGAACAUUAGCAUGCCUGUUUUUUUGCAAAGUUACUGUAUUUCUGUACAUGUUGCUGUCAUUUGGUUCCUCUUUAGAUGUUUUAUUUUUUGUUUUUUGUUUUUUUUGUUGUUUUUUUUUUUUCUUUAAAUGUUGUCUCCAUAUGGUUCUGGUCCAGAAAAAUCCUUUAGCCUAAAGUUAUGAGAGGCGAAAGAAGACACGGGGGGGAAGAAUCGAGGUUCAAGAAGUUUCGACCCUGUCUCUCUAAAAAAGUUCUCUUCAUACAGUCCGUGUAUGCUGGUAAAUGCUUUCAGCGAAUACAUUAUGAAGGAAACAAGGAUGAUGUCGUCCUGUUCCCUUUCUGCUAUCUAGGCAUUUUCGUUUUUUUGCAAUCCCCGUUGCUACGGAAAACAACAACAGCUAACAACCCUUAAUUGUAAAAAUGGCAAGCUGCCCGAACCGUAACCUGGUCGCGAACAGCACAGUGGGCCAUUUUGGUGCCAGGGCUCGCAUGCCCCAAACACCUGCAAAACAAGUUCAGAUUUUGCAGGGACACCAGCGCUUCAUUCCUGACUUUGGAAUUCCCCCCCCCCCCGCCAUACCUAGGUGGUUAUGGGUGCAGCCAGACCUUUCUCCAGUGCGAACACCGUGCUGUGGAGUUUGAUCUUGGAAAGAAACUUGUGAUGAGCCAGAUCUUUCCCUAACGCCUAACAAAGUCCUAUGAGUUGGACAGACAUCAUCAUCCGUCAGUCAUGCUCCAGUGGACGCUGCAGGAAAGCAAAUGAAAUACAACGUCACCAGAUACGUUCUUUAAAAACAUGAUGUCAAAUAUUUCAAUCAGGACGACAUAACGUUCUUUUCAAAUGUAUUUGCUGUUUGGUCUGAGCUGUGUAUGAGCAUAUUUUUUUAAGGAGACAGGGUUUUGCUGGGUUUCGGGUAAAGAAACGGUCAGAUUGAAGAUUAAAGCUGUGUUUCUCUUCAGAGGGCCACGCCCCUCACAGUCCAGUUAUCCAGAUUCAGCGCAGGCCAGCUUGGGUUUUAAAUUCCGAGAGACAAAUACUGCCUUACUCCGCCUGAAUUUGAUGGAAACUUCUGGUGUGUCCUUGUGUGUCUCAUGUAUCCUAAAAACCCACCAGUCUAAGUGUUUCACACUGCUUUCUGUCCUCAUCAACUCGUGAAGUCAGAAAAUGAUCACGUGACCAAAUAUAUCGCUGUAUGUUAUGUGAGCAGGAACUAAAAAGAUGCCAGAGGAUGUCAACACUCUUCUCGGAGUGAAUGUUGAUUAAAUUAUAUGGACAGAUUUUCCAGGAACAUGGCACGCUGUUUGCCACGAAAUGAAACGCCUGAACUGUGUCCUUCCUGGGCAUUCGAGGGCAACCCACUGCUGGUAAUUUCUGCCCUCCCAAGUCGAUGAGGACCACCUCUUGGUUUUGGCGCGUGUGACGUCCGCCAUCUGAACGAUAAAUUAUGCUGAGGCGAAUCCUCUGUAGUCCGUCCUAAUCUCGGGAGCUCGCUACGUGUGAGCUGUUUAUAUUGUAAUUUCUUUAGGUCACUGCGAGAACACGCUUUUAUCUCCUUCUCUUUCUCUCUCACGCGCGUACAACUCACUCUUUCCAGAUAUCUCCUUUAAGCAUUCCGGACCAGCUCCUCACCUGAUAGGUUUGGGUUUGUUUUUUUUUAGCAGUGACUCAAAGGGCCGUAAGUGUUCUGCCAGAACAAUUUCAGUCAGCAGGUUUGGACUGAGAGGCGGACAUGUUUGUCGAAAGUAAACAAGCCCCAUCGCAAGGCAAACUCGUUAAAUUCUUGACACACCAGUUUCCCUUGCCUCGAAUAUCCCAUUCCGUUUGUUUCCCGGGGUUAACCAUAUUUACCUUUCUUCUCCGGUUCAUAGCCAUUGUUGCCUUCUCUGCGCUAACCGCUAUUGUUCACUGCUUCUAAACGGUCGGUCUGAGGGCUCGGCCUCGCUGAGAUUUCUUACACCAAACAUCUGACGCCCUCGGCCACCGUCCUCUCUCUUUCACCGCGACUGCUGUCAGUGUGCGUUUGUGUCACCGCCGCUUCCACCGCCUUUCAUCUCCGUCUUUAAUUAGCUCGUGCCUGCAGUGAUGUGACAUGUAUUGUAGGUCUAGUACAGUCGACCACUUUGUUCAGCAUUCACCGUAUCUCAGCACAAGGUCCACUUACUGGAAAUUCUCUGGAACAAGUCUGGAAGUUAUUAAACGAGCCACAGUUGGCCUACAGAUGUUGAUCUUUUUUUGUGAUUGAAGACACGCUUAAAUCCCGAUUCGCCGAGUUGAAGAAAGCCACAAAGAGAGCGCACACAUUGUGUUAUUCAACAUGUGUUUAGGAAUUGGACAAGUUGGACAUCGGCAGUACCACUUUAAGGGAUUUUCUGAUUUCUUUCGGUGAGAGGACUGAUUACAUGAUCAUCAUCUGUGUCUCCUUUAAAUCUGUCUGUUCAUUGUGCAUGUCCAAUAUCCUCACACAGCAAUGUAGCCGAACGUAGCACGCUAGGCAGCUGUAGUGUAUUUAAUUUCAUGUAAAUACAUGUAAUCAUUUUACUGCUGAAACAAAAAACCAUGAAAAUGCUCAAACCGGGAAAAAAAACCGGGCCAGGAAAAUGAAUUUAGUUGUGCAUGUGGCGGCGAUUGGCAUUCUUGCAGCACCCGUGUUUGGCCGAGCUAGUCUAAUCCUGGAUUGUUACCUAAUUUCGAUGCAGACAUUAAAGUCUAAAAGCCUCCAGGCGUUUAAAGGGGGAUUUUCAAAGGGGAAACAAUGGAAUAAAAAUGAAGCAUAACCCAAAAAAAGAAGAAAAAAAAAAGACGAAGAAGAAGAACACUUUGUGAGAAAUGUAUUUCUUCUCAUGGUUGUUUCUCUACUUACAAAAGUCAGGUUAAACUGCCUCACCAGCAAAAAAACACUGCCAAAAACGCUCCAUAAGCAAGUCAAGUGUUCAUCAUCGGCCUGAUGUGGAACCAUCCGUCCGGUGGAGGAAGCUAAUGCUGCUCUGAUCAUCACGGUAAAGCCGAGCACAUGCUGACAUCUUCUCCCAACUCUCACCAGCAGCAGAGUAUCUCUGUCCAGCUACCGACCGGCUCAGAACGCCAACUAGUCCGCUUGUACUCUUAGUAAUCGUAAUAAUGGUGAAGAUCAGCUCGUUAUGGUUAUUUAGCACAUGUUAACAUCUCAGCAUGCACACUGAACAGAAACACAGAGGUGACCGCGUUACCAACCCUCUACGUACGGUUACCGUCGAGGUAAACUACCAGAAUAAGUUCAGCCAAACUUUAAGAAAAAGUCCCAGGUUCUGUGGAUUCACCGAGAACUGUGCUGACUGACAUAACUCAUAAAUUCAGCUUGAAUUAGAGAGACUAAUACCGUUUCCGUGUCUGUAAAUGAAUGUACACUCUCAAGCCAUUUAAUCACAGCCUUUCAGUGGUCCAAAAACGAAUGAGGAAGAAAUGUGGCCUCUUUUAACUAAGGAGGAGGGAAAAUUGGUAUGUGGUGUUUAAAGGUUUCUUUUUAUGCAUCGAACGUAAAAAUGAAAGGAUUUCAAAAUGUUCUUUCACAAGCCAUAGUGCCCUGCUGUGGAUUUGAAAGGUUUGGGGAAAAAAAAAUAAGGUAUAAAAAAAAGAAAAAACAAGUCUGACCAUCUUUUCUUUGUACAGUGUUCCUCCUACUUUAGACUGCAAGCUAGUACACUGUGAAUGUGUGAAUCCAUUGUGUCCUUUGUCAUAGAGUUGAGCAAAUAGUUUGAUUGUGAAAAGAUGUAGCUGAUAGUUUGAAUUCCUGACGUCAACGUACAGAAGUCUGACAGCAGCCAACUGGAAAGACACAGUGCCUUUGAAUAAGAAAAAUGAUGGCAUGCAUUCCAUUCCUCUCAGUGUCUGUCCAUUAAAGGUUUUCACAUCUCCCUCUUCCUGCCGAUCUUCUUUUCCAUUCACUACAUUCCAAGGGUGAUAAAAAAAUAGAAAAAAAAAAAGAAAUUGUUAGAAUUGUGUCGUAUUUUCACAAUGUGUUUCGUUAUCGAUGAUUUACACUGUCCGUGUAGGAUGAUUCUGGUUUAUCUUUUGUUUAUUUUCAUCAUUUCUAUCUUUUUCAUCAACAGCAUUCUCACAAAGUUACUUGAGGUCAGAGAAAGUGGAAAUAUCUCCUAAAAGGCGGCCCAACAAAUGAAUAAUAAAGAAUAAAUGUUGACAUUUACAUUUCUGCAAACCGCAGUUAUCUUUGGAGUUUGCAGUUUUCAAAUGUAGGCCUUGAACGAGCUGUGGUCUGGGGUCCUCCUGUCAGGCAGUCAGACAGGUUGUAAAGGAAGCCUCAGGUUAUUGUGUUUCCCCACUUUGGAGGUCAUCUUGAAGAGACUGUAGAAGAACUUCAGUCCUGUAGCCUCAAAAUGCAAAGUAACAUGUUCUAUUGUAAUCAGAGAACAACACAUAAACAAUGAGUGGAAAAAAUAUAUAUAUUUAAUCACAAUUAAGACUGACGAUGGUUUUUUUUUGGCACAAAGUCCUCGUCUGCCGUGCCGUCCCCUCCCACUACAGUUAGCGACAUGACUCCACUGACUCUGCUGGUUAACAGAAGUGAGAGGAUGUUAAAUACCACACGGCAGAUGUCACCGAUAUCUCAGGUGCGCUCACUUUCACUUUUAUUUUUGAAAUAAGGUGACAGCUUCUCUGACUGCUUGCGUGUCUCACCUGGUAGGACCACGAUCUGGCCAGUUAAUUUGGUAAGAACAGUGUUAGAAAAACAAAUAGAAAAUAAUGCUGAAAGCCACAAAAAAUAAGACAAGUUGUGAUAAACCGGAAUUACCCUUAAAGUAAAUCACUUGGACACAGUUAACACGUCGUAGAUAGCUGGCAUCACGUGAGAACAACAUCCAGCAAACCAUUCCAUCUAAGACACAGAGACACUUUGCUCAGGCCCCAUGUUGUCUAAAUUAUCUGAAAUUCCUGGAUUUGUCAGAGCAAGCAUGCAGACUAUAUUAGAUCAGGAUAAUAUCAUCACAGUUUUCGAUAUGGAAAAAAAAUAAUAAUGAAAGCUUCAUGUGUUGUAUUUGACCUUUUUUCAAGUGUUGUGUAACUUGUGUCCUGUUCCCCCAACUUUUCAUUUUUUUUGCUUCAAAAGAAAACUGAGAUUGUUUCUGCUUCACAAAGCUCUGAAAUGUAAUAAAGAAAGCAAAAGGGA